AUGUCGCAACCAACUCUCAACUCCAGCUUAAGCGGCAUUAACUUCGUCGGUAUGAAUCGUGGCGGAAAUCGGUUAUCCUAUACAAGUCUACGCGCUACUUCAGGCGACAACAGCAUCAACGAGGAAGAGCGACUCUCAACACCAAAUGUGCACGCUCUGGGCGGCAGUGGGAGUCAUCGUGGAAGUCUCACGAUGGAAAGAAGCUCGUCGCGACUCUCACAGCCGGACGUGCGCAGAUUCGCUUUGCGACAAGAUAAACGCGAACGAUUGUCGCAACCUACUCUAAUUACAGGCGAUUAUUAUCCUGGCCGGGGACAGCAACGAUUGUCCCAACCGUGUCUCAGCAGCGGCCGAGAUAGCUUUGGUGUUCCCUCACCGCCACCCUUUCCUAUCAAACACAAGAGAUUCGCGCCUGCCUUCAUGCAGGCGAGUCAGCGAGAUCGCUUGUCGCAGCUCGAUAUCGGUGCCAAAUAUCGAAAUCUGAAGCCGGAUCUGGGUAGUGGAACGUCGCAGGUCAAGUUCAAUCGCGACCGCUUUUCGAUUCCGGAAUUAGAAACUCAGAACGAUCUGCGACUAAUAGCCGGUACGCCGAAGCAGCGUUUCAGCUUGGACAGUCAGUUAACAAAGCAACGUUUCAGUCUUGAUAGCCAAGAUAGCUGCAAAUCACGUUUGCUGCCAAUCGCCAGCUCGCCGAUUUUUGAACACCAACAGAUGAAGACCGAAGAACUCACCGGAAUCACAACAGGCAAGCUGAAAAGUCCCACUUGCGAAGGCCUCGAAAGCGUCAUUGUAGCGAGCACAUCACCGAUCUUUCCGCCUGGCGAGAGGCGAUUCCUUGCACCGGAUUUUCCGUUUACCGGCAGGAAAACAUCUACAUCGCCGUCGCCACCUAAAUCAGACGUCACGCCGGUUGGCAAGACACGUGGCAAACCGCCGCCAAUCCCGGUUCGCGAAAGAAUGUCGGUGCCGGAAAUCAGAAACUCGAGUUUACGUCGACUGCUCGAUCCGCCUGUUCGACAGCGGCAUAGCAUUGCCGGGAACUUAAGACAGUCGUUGUUGUCGCCGGUGAAGCUGCCUGAAUUCGGUACUAGCGGUCGAAAAUCACCGCGGUACUCGAUUGACGAUGCGUUGGAAAAACUAAAGAGAAUCGAGAAAGAAGAAAAUCGAAAAAACCAAGAGAUGAACGAAGUGAAAGAGCAAAAAAACAAGGAUCAAGAGCAGCAUCAGCAGCAACAACACGAACAGCAGGAACCGAAGCAUAUCCAGCGACAUUACUCGUACACGUACGAGACGACGGGCAGCGAUGAGAGUAGCAGUGUCUCGACGCUUGGCAAGUUAAGCGUGGGCGGUACACCAAAGCGCAAGUAUCUGGAAAGUAACUUUGACGAGAACGAACAAGUAAUCACAACAGUGAUUGAGACCGAGAUGCCAAUAAUCUUACCAAGUACACCCGCCAAAUAUGCAAAGAAAACACAGGUGUACUCAAACGAGACACCCAAAUGGAUUCGAAAGUAUCUGGAGAACGAGAGCCCGAAAGUAGGGCAAAAGUUCACCUCUAGCGGAAGCAACAAGGAUCAGAUCAACAAGAUAGACCGACGAACCAGUCGCAGGAAAAGUUCGUUGGAAUCAAUCGAAACGGUGACGAAAAAACCCGAGGAAAAGGUCCGUUCCAAGUCUGUCAGCUGCGAAGAGAGAAACACCAAAGGAAUCCAAGAACAAAAAGGCGUGAAAGAGACCUACGUCCGAAUCGUGCCGUCAAGCAACGCCCAAGAGGAGAAUAGGUAUGAGAUCACGGUAGAUUCCAUUACUUGGACGAAAAACGACAAUCGAGGUCUCUAUGGCGAUGACACCGAUACGGACGAUUCUACGUCGAUCUAA